GUACACAAGGUAGAAGAGGCCCCAGCGACAAAGUUCCGAUACCCGACUCGAGUCAGGGAACCUCGAUCGCGAAAGUAACUGAGGCUAAACCAUAUUUCGCGCACUCUAACGCAUAGAAUGGUGUCCGAUGCCUCAAGAAAGACGUUUCUUUGGCCGAUUCCAUCGCACAGGCUGGCGCUGGUCCAACAUAACUAUCAGAUAUACGUAGAUUGCUUCAAUCUCAGCACUUAUGUACCUGACAGGAGGCCCGUAGGCGUGUAAGCUGCGAGCGCGUGCACCUGUCCUUAUUAGUGCCGUGCUGGCUGCCCCACAACGUGAGACCUAUGAGGCUGAGACUCUGUUAUUAUUAUAUUUGCAAAACGUGUAAGGCUGAACGGUUUCGCCGCAAGGGCGAACUUGAACUUACUUCGCGACGCCCAACCGUCCGACGUCCGAUGCACAGCCCCGACCCCCCAGCACCGGCACCCAGAUCACACAUUUUACUUAUAGUGGAGUCUGUAUCUCACGGGCGUUGGCCCGGCUAUUAUUUAAAUAAUUACGUAUGUAUUUAGAAGCUGCGUGGGCGAAAAUGAGCGAGUUUGCGUCCCUUGGAUCCCAUUUCCCCAGACUCCAAUUCCCCGAUGAGGUGCUGGGCCCCGACCCCGACCCCGACCCGGACCCCGACCCCGACCCCGACUCCUCUCGUGCUCGGCAUUUUAACACUGUACAUUGCGUCCCCUGUCACUUGACUCCCUUAGGGGCACGCUCCAUGGAUCGCAUGGCGGUCCGCUAGUGCAGGCCUGCGGUGGCACCAAGUUGACAACCACUUCACCCCAGCGAGCUCCAGCUUGCGCCAACCAUACAACGGCAGUUGCUAUAUGUAUACAAUUGAUAGCCAGGCCAAACGGCUGCGUGGCUGGACUGCUGCACUCACUCACGUGGCCCCUGGUAGCAGGGUGGCUAAAGGGGGGUUUAAGGGGUUUUGCAGGGUUUGAAAAGUUUGACAUGUCAGAAAUCAUUUGCACAGUAUAAGUCAGCUAAUAGUAACUAGAAUGAUUGUUUGAACCCCUUGUGGGUGACCGUGAUGAGAUUUGGGCACAUAGCAAUGACUUUGCAUGUCCCACUGCUUCCUCACCGUCUCCCUGGAUACGGCAUGUGACUUUCAUGGCCCUGGAUACUUGCACCACUGAGGCUUCUCAUUCGCCCAAGUUAUAAUGAAUACUGCAUUGUGCUAUCUCUCUGGGUUCGGAUCCCAUUGUUGCAACGUGGAAACUUCACGAUGGCCGAAUUCGGAGAGUUGGUAGGCCGAUAGGUCCAGAACUUCGGUUCCUAUGGACUGAGUGAAGGUGGAUGCGUGGGGUGCCUCUUGCCAAGGUCCCACAGAGAUACGGUAGGGUUAGCCUCGAUGGGACUCUUCCUUAAGGCACGCGGGACCUUGGUCCGUGCGUAGGUAUUAUUAUUAUUAUUAUUCAUUGUGCUAUGGUGCAGGCUGACAGAUUGCACAUGCACGCUGUGCAUGCACAUGCUGCUCAUUCCCCUUGUCCCCACACUGGGGGCUGAGCUGCCCAACCCAGAAUCCAACAUGCCUGCCUCGCUCAACCCUGUGCAGAACCGUUUCACAUGCAUAUAUGCACAUGUUGCCUGACCUGUUAGCAACACAAGCUAAGCGCCAUGGUGCUAGCCCCUGCAGUGCCCAAUGCAACUCUGCACAUCAGGGCAAGUGUGCCCGGCUUGCCUCUUCUCUCAUGGGUGAGGGUCAGGUAUCAUGCAGGCUGUCAAGUAAUGUGCAGCCAUGCUGACGGCAUUCAGUCUGCACCAUAUGUGAGUGAUGGGCUUUGGGAGUGCAAGCGGAAUCAGCCAUAACAGGUUGGUGUGUCAAGACCGGCGUGCCUCCUAUCUGCCUAGUUAGCGUGCCCCGGCCCCCGCAGGGGGCGCGGCGCACCUAUACGUUUCAGAAAGGGGGGGCCCCUGUCAAGUUGGUAAACACACGUUCCCGGCCCCCGCCGACUGCGCGCAGCCAUUAUUUAAGCCAUCCAUUACCCGAAGCUAUUGUACACAAGGUAGAAGAGGCCCCAGCGACAAAGUUCCGAUACCCGACUCGAGUCAGGGAACCUCGAUCGCGAAAGUAACUGAGGCUAAACCAUAUUUCGCGCACUCUAACGCAUAGAAUGGUGUCCGAUGCCUCAAGAAAGACGUUUCUUUGGCCGAUUCCAUCGCACAGGCUGGCGCUGGUCCAACAUAACUAUCAGAUACGUAGAUUGCUUCAAUCUCAGCACUUAUGUACCUGACAGGAGGCCCGUAGGCGUGUAAGCUGCGAGCGCGUGCACCUGUCCUUAUUAGUGCCGUGCUGGCUGCCCCACAACGUGAGACCUAUGAGGCUGAGACUCUGUUAUUAUUAUAUUUGCAAAACGUGUAAGGCUGAACGGUU